GCGGAGUUUAAGAGUUUGAAGGAGAAGAAACUUUCACACGAGUCCUUUUACCUACUGAUGAGAUGUUUGAAGAGGCCACCCCUGGUGAAUGGGAAAAGACCAAUGGAGGUGAGAGAGCCGGAUGAGGACCAUGUGAAGUCCAUCAUGGACUCCAUGUUGAAGCAGCCAACUGGAGAUCAUCUUCCCUUCGUUGGCCUCGUCGACCCUGCCCAGGCCGGGCGCAAAGAAGACGUGAGCUUGGCGAAACUGAGAGCCGGCGACUACGACAUUUUUGUGCUUGGUGGUGGCAACAAUCGGGAAGCGAGGGAGAGGUUAGCACGCAUGAACCCCGACAACGAGGAGUACCAGUACAAUGUCUGCUAUGUUUACGUUGGCCUCACGAUCGAUGAGGCGAGGCAGGUUGCCCGCAGGCAUAACCUUGCGGAGGGUUACCACAGGGACUUGAGCUUCAUCGAGAAGCUCAGGUGCUGGCGCCAAGUCUUUGAGAGCAGGGGGUUCGUCAAGUCGCAAGAAGUGAAGUUCGCUUGCCUGGAAGCAGGGAUUUCGAACGCGGCGAAGAAAUCGAACGCCCAAGACCCGUUGCUGCAGUGUGCUUUCAAACCCCAAGAGAUUUGGGAGCUAAUGUGUAAGAUCAUGAGCAUGUGGCAGAAGGGCGUGGUCAAAGGCCAAAAACUGAAGCCAACUGCGAGGAGUUUCUUGAAAGCGGACCAGGAUCUGAAAACGAGCGAGUCCGAGGGCGCGAAGAAAAGCCAGCGUGGGAAAAGGCUUGAUAGGGCGGUUGCGAACGAACAAGAAAUGGCGCUUCUUUAUCCUCGGGUGCAACUGCAGGGUAACAAGGUCCUCAUGGUUGUCGAGGACAUGCCAGCUCAACACUGGAUAACCAUGGGUAGUAUGGCUCCAGAGAAUGUCGUCCCUAUCCUCCUUGAGGUCAUUGCGAAGCAGAUCUCGCUCAAGGAGAUGGAGAAGAAGUUUCAGCUUGUUAAGCAAAUAGCCUACGUCUGCAAGGCAUUCGCAGUGGGGGUGGGCGUUGCUGACUUCAAGGAGGCCGAGAAGGAGUAUCCUCUCCACACGAAGAAAGAGAUUUUGGAGAAGUCCCUGCCGAUAUCUCUGGCUAUUUUCGACUUCCUUUACGGGUUCGCGCACGAGGACCACGCAUCUGAUGCUGAGCUGUUUCCGGAGUCGGACGUUGUGGAGGUUCUUCACAAUCUGAAGGACGUUUCUAGUGCCCCGUUAUGGACAAUUGCGGGAUUCUAUUCCGUGGACAUGCUUCCUUCCAUCCGCUCCGCGUUCCGGGAGGUUUGCAAUGCAAAGCAGGAGCUUUUGACGUGGUGCAAGCCUAAUGUGACGAAUCCGGGUGGGCCCCGGCUUGUGAGUGCGACCGAAUUCUGCGUGCUCGGCUAUUACAGCGAGAGUGGACAGCGCGAGAUGGCGCAUUACAAUUUUGACCCCACUGAUAUGCGUCACAAUUUCCAGCUCUUCAAUGUUGUGACGCAGAAGUACCAGCACCCCGGUGGCAGUGUUCGCUGCCCGUACCAGAAGCCGUAUACUUUGUACUCCUGGCUUGUGAACAAAUUCUCUCCCACAGGGGCCUGUGUUCUGGAUGGUUUGUCCGGUUCCGGCACAGGCGCCAUAGCGUGCGUCAAGGCAAAUCGGAAUUGCCUUGUGGUGGAGAUAAACACCAAGUGCGCUAAGGGGAUAGCCACGAGGCUUCUGACAGACAUCGGCGACACACUUGCGCGCGAAACCCCAAAGGUGAAAGAAAAGGUCGCACAAGGCAGCCCGACCUCUAAGUUGUCUGGGGAUACGAAGUCUGUCGAAAAUAAACUCGUGGCCGACGAAAACACGGGUACUGCUGCUGGAGUGGCGGACAUCGCUGAGGCUGUUGUUGUCGGGCCGUCAGGUGCGAGUUUGCCCACUGCCAAGGCUGCUGCCGGCCCAUCCGGUGUGGAGCAAACUGUUACCGGUGCUGCCCCCGCUUUCGCUGUGCCUCUUCCCGGUGAGGGCAGACCCGUGCCUGCUUCCAUGCCUGCUUCCAUGCCUGUCGAGGCUAGACCAGAGGUUGAGACGCAACCUGCGUCCGGGCCUGUUCCCGCUGCUGCAAAUGCUCAGCAGAGUGUCUUGAGGCUCGCCAUGAGCCAGGAAUCGAGCAGGACCACGGUUGGCGGCAGGAAGGGGCGCAAACGAAAGGCUGGCGAUGAAGAGGUGUCGAGUCCGCAGGGUGGGGUAGCGAUUGGCCUCAAGGCAAAUACUCGCUUACGGACUGCGAAGUGACUGAGGCCACACCGUAUCCUUUGGUUAUAGGCCUAUAUGUC